UCAGCUGUUUCAGCGCCAGAGCUGACCACGUGAUUCCUGUGAACACAUGACAAUCUGGCUCAAGAUAUCGUCAUGGCUGCAGCACCACAACCUGUCUACUGGCUGGGUAAUGACACCCUCAGGGUGUCGGCUGCCCUUUUUGCCGAGAACCGUCGAAGGUUAUGCCAAGGCCUUCAAGGAAAAGAAGGCAUGUUGCCGAAGUCGGUGGUGGUGCUGCAGGGAGGAGAGCAGCAGCAGAGGUACUGCACAGAUACAGACGUCGUCUUCAGGCAGGAGUCUUUCUUUCACUGGUCGUUUGGAGUGACUGAAGCCGACUGCUAUGGAGCCAUUGAUGUGGACUCUGGGAAAUCAAUCCUUUUUGUACCUAAACUGCCUGAAAGCUAUGCAACUUGGAUGGGAGAGAUUUUUCCUAAAGAGCACUUCAAGGAGAAAUAUGCGGUGGAUGAAGUGCAUUACACGGCUGACAUCGCUGAUGUCCUGUCCAGGAUGACACCAGCUGUUCUCCUGACACUGCGAGGCCUGAAUACCGACAGCGGGAGCGUCUGCCGCGAAGCCUCCUUUGAAGGAAUCAGUCGGUUCACGGUGAACAACAGUCUUUUACAUCCGGUCAUCGUGGAAUGUCGUCUCCUGAAGACGGACAUGGAGCUGGAAGUCCUUCGCUACACCAACAGGAUUUCCAGUGAGGCUCAUAAAAUGAUCAUGAAAAACGUCAAACCGGGACAGAAAGAAUAUGAAAUGGAGAGUCUUUUUCAGCACUAUUGCUACACCAAAGGAGGGAUGCGCCACACCUCCUACACCUGUAUCUGUGGAUCGGGCAAUAACUCCUCUGUCCUCCACUAUGGCCAUGCUGGAGCUCCCAAUGACAAGACUAUUCAGGAUGGAGACAUGUGUCUGUUUGACAUGGGUGGGGAGUACUACUGCUACUCUUCAGACAUCACCUGCUCCUUUCCAGCCAACGGCAAGUUCACUCCAGACCAGAAGGCCAUCUAUGAGGCCGUUCUGAAGUCAUCUCGCGCCGUCCUGGCUGCCAUCAAACCAGGUGUGAAAUGGACUGACAUGCACCGCCUGGCUGACAGGAUUCACCUGGAAGAACUGGUGAAGCUUGGCUUGCUGCACGGCGGCGUUGACGACAUGAUGAAGGUGCACCUGGGCUCCGUCUUCAUGCCCCACGGCCUGGGACACUUGCUGGGCAUCGACGUGCACGACGUGGGAGGUUACCCGGAGGGGGUGGACCGCAUUGAUGAACCCGGACUGAGAAGCCUCCGUAUGGCUCGCUUGGUGCAGGAGAGGAUGGUCCUCACCGUGGAGCCUGGAAUAUACUUCAUCAACCACCUGCUGGAUCAAGCCCUAUCCAACCCCGCUCAGCGCUGCUUCAUCAACGACCACAUGCUGGCUCGCUUCAGAGGCUUUGGAGGGGUUCGCAUUGAAGACGACAUAGCAGUGACGGCGGAUGGCGUAGAGCUGCUGACCUGCGUCCCUCGCACGGUGGAGGAGAUCGAAGCGUUUAUGGCCGACUCUGGCAAACCGUUCAGCCCGGUCCAAAACAAGUAGAAGUGUUCAAGAACCAGAUGGAAUUAAUUUAGUGCAAACGGUUAAAAAAAAUACAAUUACAGAGAUAACAGAUAAAAUCUAUGUUUUGAAGGACAAUAAAUUUCACUCCACAUCUGCUUGAUAUCGAGCCUCUUUAUAUGUAGCAAGCUUCUUAUUAUUCCAAUAAAAAAAGAUACGUUUUCAUACUGAAUAAGCCCUGGUCUGAGCUCUAUGUGCCAAUAAUGAAUCCAGAAAUGAAAGUUGUGACUCUGAAAUUUGUUUAUGCAGACUUUAAAAGGGAAACCUUUCUUGAACAGUGUAUUGCCUCCCAAAUUGCACAGUUUUGUAAUUUUUUAAACCUUUUUACAUCCUCCCUCUCUGUAAUCCUGUGUUUACAAGAUGCAGUAACACUGGAUAAAAUAAACAUUUUUGACUCGAA